AUUGAAUCUUCUAAACGCAUAAUGCUUGCCGAUUUUUUUCUCGGCAUUCGUUCGGAAUUCCCAACACCAGCUUCAAAGACUCUUUCCAUUGCAGAGAGAUUGAGAACGGUAUCGUAUUAGGAACUGGUGCAGUGGCCCAUCAUUUCAGACGUAGGUUCUUUCUAGUUGUCAUGCCAUAUCUAUGCUGUUUAUGAUGUUGUCAUCCAGGUAACAAUAGGUAAUAAUCAAUGGACAAAUUGUCUAACAAUACAUCGAACGUUGCAUGUCUUCUCUUUUUCUCACCGGAACCCGUCCCCAAAUACGCCUCCACUCACCGUCCAAACUUGACCCUAUUGACGGCAGAUGCUGUCGGCAAACACAAGUGUAUCCACAUUGACUGCCACACUGGCGUUUGCCAACAUAUCAGACAUAGCUAAAAUCGAUCAAUUCUAUGGCCCGCUGCUUAAGGCAUUGAACGCAACCACCGGCGUCACUCCACAGUAUCGUUGUAUCCCCUUCCCGAGCAUUGUCUCCUUCAUCCCAAGCAUUCCGAUCACUGGCAAUGCCGACGAAACUGGUACUAUCAGCAUAAUUGGCUCGCGACUUUUCUCCAGAGACCUUCUCGUCUCUGACGAUGGCCCAGCACGACUCAUUUCCGCCUUCAGCUCACUCCAGUAUCGGCCAGGGCAGCCACUAAUUGGCCACAUUGUCGCCGGCGGUGUGGUUGCAAAAAAUGCCCACACGAUUGACAGUGCUCUCAAUCCAGCCUGGAGAAAGACACUGCUACAUGCUGUCAUCAGAAGGAAUUGGUCUCCUAACGCCACGGUACAAGAACAGAAAGCUGUUCGGGAGAACUUGACCAAUGUGGAGCUACUGAUUCUGCAGAGCGUUGAAGGUUUAGGUAUUAUGGGUGCGUAUCUGAAUGAGGCAGAUGCCGAUGAGCGGAACUUUCAGGAAUCAUUCUGGGGAGCUAAUUACCCACGCCUGUAUGAUAUCAAACAGAAGUGGGACCCAUUGGGACUUUUUAAUGCGAGGAAGACCGCGGGAAGUGAAUAUUGGGAUGAAGGGGGCUUGUGCCCGGUUCAGAUAUGAUUUAUACUCUUUUUUUCUCAUCAAUGUCUUCCUAGCUUUCUUUAUUUGUUCAUUCUAUUGUUGGAUUAAAUAUGUAUUAUUGGUAAUAAAUAACCGAGAAAGAAGGGAAGACGAGGAGUAUGGUGAGGUGAGAGAGGUUUUUCGCGCCCUAGUUUGAUAUUGGCAGGGAUUGAGAGCAAAAAUUGAAAUAUUGCGU